CGGUGGCCUGCUAAAUCAGCAUCCCCAGCAACAGCAACCGCAACAGCAACAGUUGCAGAAGGAGCCGCCUCGCAGUUGGAGGCAUGGAGGAUGGCGCACUCAAGCGACGGACAGCAGUAGCCGUUUCGGCCCCUGAUAACGAUGGAUGGAUGACUGAGACAUGGACUGGACUGGACUGGCUCUGGGUGCGUCUCUGUCUAAAUGGAACACUGUACGCCGAGGGGUAUGGCUCUGACCGGUGCGAAGCGACGCGACCACCGAUCGGGAUCGCUGGAUCAGCAUCUGGUUGGACGGCUUCUAAUGCCGCUUUCAAAUGUGCCGCACUUCCUACGGGACCUUCUCCUGCCACUUCGCUAUUAAUUAGAAUGUAUGGUCGCUGCCCUGCCCCUGCCCAUGCCACUUCUCCGUUACCGUUCAUUUUUGGCAUUUCAGAGUUAACGGCACGCGACAUUUUAAAUAUGUAUGAUGUGCCCUCCAUCCAUCCAUCGCGCUGGGCUCUGCUCCUGUUUUGGGGUUCUCGGACUGCCACUCGCCUCGUUUGCACCCAGCCAGCGCAGGGGCAGAGGACGGACGCGAACACGACUGCCCGCCCUGGGGCAGCUGUUGAAAUUGAUGCCUGGCCGCCUGGCGUUCGGCAUUUGUGUCGAAUAUGCAGCACGGAUGGGGCAUGGGAUGCGGAUACACGAGUCGUCCUGGGCAUGAACCAAGAUAAUGAACGCCAUAGCGGAGCAGCAGCCGAAUCUGGUAUACUCUUGCUUAAUCAAACUCAUGGAAGUUUCAAAUGCGAAAUGUCUACGAUUGGAUAA